AUGUCUCUCGCUCGGCACGCUACACCCAUCGAAGGUGUAGACCGCGAAGAGCAACACCAUGACGACGACUCGGCCAGCAGAUCUGCCUGGCGAAGGCUGAGCUACGAUGCCUUCGCGCCCGUCGAGCCGCUCGCUCUCGUAGCCCAGGAUCCCACGCCGAAUCUCGCUGCUUACAAGGUCUCCGCCAUACGACGCGCUGCCCAGGUUGCCUUUGCCAUUCUCGCAUGUUGCUUUGCCUCUGGCAUCGUCUUUGGAUUCGCCUCGCUGAAGCCAGUGCUCAUUGCCGAGGGCGUGUACGGCGAGCUGUGUCCGAGUGCGGGGGACGGCGAGGAGAUUUCUCGCGCGGCUCGCUUGUUUGACGAUGACCCGGAUGUCCCGUGUCCAGAGCAGGAUAUGCGCCUGAACUUGUUCUUCAUCGUUGGUUCGAUCACGACCAAUGUGUCGUCUCUGUUUGCCGGCGCGAUACUGGAUCGCUAUGGCAGACGUGUGUGCUACCUCGCGUCGUCGGUCUUCCUCGCCGCAGGAUGCAUCUUGAUGGGGUACGCGUUCGCCAUCCCUGAAUUUGAUGGAUACCUUGUGGGCAACGUCUUCCUUGGCCUCGGCGGCACUUUCAUCUUUGUCCCCAGCUUCCAGCUUGCCAAUGCGUUCCCCAGGCACUCGGGGCUCGUGGUGGCCAUGGUCACGGGGGCAUUCGACGCGUCGGCCGCCGUCUUCUUGUUCUACCGCAUGGCGUGGGAUGCCUCAGGGGCGACGUUCACACCUUCUCAGUUCUUCUUUGGCUAUCUCAUCAUCCCAGUGGUAAUCUUCAUUGCAGAGUGGACCUUCAUGCCCCGAGACGCUUACCAUAGCACGCCGCAGCUGGAGCAGAAAAUCGCGAAGGCCCAAGACCCCAUGCGGGAUGUGCAUGUAUCCGAUGAUGAGAUAUCUAGCGAUGGGGAACUCCGCCGCGUGCGGAGUAAUCGUGCCCUACGUCGUCAAGCCAGGCUUGACCAGAUCGAGGAACUCCUCGGUGAUGCCGAAGAGCGCGAAGAGCGCGCCGAGCAGGAGGAGAAACGCCUGGUCGUAAGCGGUGUCUGGGGUGUAUUGCAUGGCCUUCCUGCUCAUCGGCAGAUGCUGACGCCCUGGUUCAUUCUUAUUGUGCUCCUCACCGUGCUGCAGAUGCUGAGGAUGAACUACUUCAUUGCUACGAUUAGGUCCCAAUACCGCUUCAUGCUCGGGUCUGAAGAGUACGCCGAGGAUAUUAAUCACUUUUUUGAUGCUGCCCUGCCCAUUGGCGGUGUUGUUGCUACGCCUUUCAUUGGUGUUCUCUUGAAUAACCUCAGUGUUGCCACAGCACUUGGAGUCCUAACGGUAUUUAUCAUCAUUAUAGGCGUCCUGAACUGCUUGCCGUUCUUAUGGGCUGGCUACGCGACUGUUGUUGCCUUUGUCUUGUUCAGACCCCUUUAUUACUCCGCCAUGUCUGAUUAUGCCACGAAAGUCUUCGGCUUUGCUACCUUCGGCCGCGUGUACGGCAUGAUAAUCUGUCUCUCUGGCCUAGUCAACUUUGUGCAGUCGGGGCUCGAUGCGCUCACUCACGGCCCGCUUCACGGCGACCCGACACCGAUCAAUAUCGCCAUGGCUAUUGCAGGGACCAUUCUCGGCCUAAUACUGACGGCAUUUGUGGCUAUCCAGACGAGGGAGUAUAAGGAAGAGUUGAAAGAAGAAAGUGCACCACCGGAAAGAGUGCCCCUUAUUCGCGAGGAGACCGCAGAGUAUGGAGCGGUACCGCAGAUCACCACCCAAACAGUAUGA